UGUGAAAAUGAAGUGCCAGGCAACCAUGAUUUGCUGUUUAGUUUUAUUUCUGACCACAAAAUGUUCCCACUACAAACUCAAGUUACACAUAAAAGAUGGAUAUAAACCUCAAAACCAUGAAAGGAAACCCAGGACUGAAAGGUUACAAGAGAAAUGCCAUGGACCUUGCAUUUCUUCUUCCAAUUGCAGCCAGCCUUGUGCUAAGAAUUUUGAUGGAGAAAUAGGAUUUAUAUGUAAUCAAAAAAAGUGGCAAAAAUCAACAGAAACAUGUACAAGUCUUUCUGUGAAAACACUGUUUAAGGACUUAAAUAGUGUAUCACGCCUUUCUGUGGCAGCAUCAUCCAUACCUCUGGCCAUUUUUGAUGAUGAAACCCCAGAACGCAUUGACAAUGUGGCUCAAGGAAUCCGUAAGAACUGCCCGCUUGAUUAUGCCUGCAUAAUUGAUGCUGUAAAAUCAUCAGAAGUCACAUCUGGAAAUAUUGCAUUUAUAGUGGAAUUAUUAAAAAAUAUUUCUACAGACUUGUCUGAUAAUGUUACUCGAGAGAAAAUGAAGAGUUAUAGUGAAGUGGCCAAUCACAUCCUUGACACAGCAGCCAUUUCAAACUGGGCCUUCAUUCCUGACAAGAAUGCCAGCUCAGAUUUGUUACAUUCGGUGAAUUUGUUUGCUGGACAACUCCACAUCCACAAUGAAUCUGAGAAUAUUGUGGACGAACUCUUCAUUCAGACAAAAGGGUUUCUCAUUAACCGUAAUACCUCAGAGCAAAGGUUCCAUAUCUCCAUGAAUAUGAAUAAUACCAGAGAAGGUAUUUUAGGGAUGAUAGAAAUUCCCAAGAAAGAGCUAUGGAAGUUGCCGCCAAAUGUAUCCCAAGCCAUUAGCAUAGCUUUUCCAACCUUGGGGGCCAUUCUGAAAGAGGACCACUUGCAAAAUGUGAGUCUUCCCAGACCAACAAUUGGUCUAGUCCUUUCAGUGGUUUUACCUGACAAGUUGAAAGAAAUCUUACUUACCUUUGAAAAGAUCAAUAAAUCCCGGAAUGCCAAAGCCCAGUGUAUUGGCUGGCACUCCAGGAAAAGGAGGUGGGAUGACAAAGUGUGUAAAACGACACUGGAUGUCAUGAACAAAGUGAAAUGCCGCUGUAAUUACACCAAUGUGGUGAUGUCUUUCUCCAUUCUAAUGUCCCCCCAGUCUGUAGCAGACAAAGUCUUGGACUAUGUGACCUGCAUUGGGCUUAGUGUCUCAAUUCUGAGCUUGGUUAUUUGCCUGAUCAUUGAAGCCAUGGUAUGGUCCCGGGUGGUUUUGACAGAAAUAUCAUACAUGCGUCAUGUGUGCAUCGUGAACAUAGCGGUGUCUCUCCUGACUGCAAACGUGUGGUUCAUCAUAGCUUCCAACUUUAAUAGAAGGACUCGGGACUACAACUGGUGUGUUGCAGUGACUUUUUUCACCCAUUUUUUCUAUCUCUCUCUGUUUUUCUGGAUGCUCUUCAAAGCACUGCUCAUCACCUAUGGAAUACUGGUCGUUUUCCGUAGGAUGAUGAAGUCCCGAAUGAUGACAAUUGGUUUUGUCAUUGGCUAUGGGUGUCCAUUGGUCAUUGCUGUCACCACAGUUGCUAUCACAGAACCCCAGAAAGGCUACGUGAGAUGUGAGGCCUGUUGGCUUAACUGGAAAAAUACCAAAGCCCUUUUGGCAUUUGUCAUCCCAGCCUUGGUCAUUGUGGCCGUGAAUCUUAUUGUGGUUUUGGUUGUUGCUGUCAACACUCAGAAGCCCUCGAUUGGCAGUUCCCAGUCUCAAGAUGUGGCCAUAAUUAUGAGGAUCAGCAAAAAUGUUGCCAUUCUCACUCCACUGUUGGGACUGACGUGGGGUUUUGGAAUAGCCACUCUCAUAGAAGGCACUUCCUUGAUGUUCCACAUAAUCUUUGCCCUGCUCAAUGCUUUUCAGGGUUUCUUCAUCUUGCUGUUUGGAACUAUUAUGGACCAAAAGAUCAGAGAUGCUUUAAGAAUGAGGAUGUCCUCCCUGAAGGGGAAAUCAAAGGCAGCAGAGAAUGCAUCAUUAAGCCCAACAAAUGGAUCUAAAUUAAUGAUUCGUUGAGGAUGAAAUGCUGCCCCAUUCCUCAUGAAUGUCCUAUGUCCUGGCAUUGAGAAGUGGGUUCUAAGAGGAGGAGAAGGACGUGGGAAGCAGACUGAAAUAAGGAAGAACAGCCAUGAUCCCUUGGAAGACUUUCCCUUCAUGUCAAGAGUGUCACCUAAGCUCUGGGUGUGAAAAUGUUUGCUGAAGAAAAAUGGAGGAGAACAUUUAGCCACUGGGCUUUAAGGUAGCUCAUCUACUGAUCCAUUGAACUACCUGUGACCCAUUAGAGGCUAGCUUCUUGGUCAAUCUUGGCAAGAUUAAUAAUCAAACCACAAACCAUUGUGUGGCCUCUUUGGCCAGAUUGAGGC